AUGGACUUAUUGCCACCACUAAAGAUUGAUGACGGUGAAGCAGAAGAAAAAAAGUUGGAGAAUGUUAGUCAUAAGUCUUUGUCAACCUUGACAUUUGCCGAUGGUUGCAAUGACGACCCAUUCCUGAAUGUCGACUUUUGCAGUUUCAAAUUACGUCGUUUACUAGGAAGGGGGAGUUAUAGCGAAGUAUGGAAGGCGCAAUACAAAGAAGUAACAGUAGCUCUAAAAGUUAUCCAUUCAACUGAUGAAGUUCUUCGAGGAAUUUUUUAUCGCGAGGUGGAAAUGAUGCGCAAUUUGGUCCAUCCAAAUGUUGUCGAAAUUAUAGGUGCGUGCGUUUAUCCGGUAUAUGCUAUAGCAAUGGAAUAUAUGGCAUGCGGUUCUCUUGAUCAAUUGCUACAUGAAUCAAAAAAUAUAAGUUACAAGGCAGAUCAUGCAUUUCAUUGGGCGUUACAAUGUAUUGAUGCAUUAGCGUAUAUACACCAGAAAGGAUUUUCGCAUGGUGAUCUGAAAACUGCCAACUUAUUGCUUGAUGACAAGUGUCGUUGUCUCAAAGUUGCGGAUUUCGGCACGAUGGUGUAUAUGAACACCGACACAGAGUAUAGACAAGGGUCAGCACCAUGGAUGGCCCCCGAGAUCAUUAGUGGUUCGUCACCUUCAGAACAGUCAGAUAUUUACAGUUUUGGAAUUAUCCUUUGGGAAAUAAUUACACGAAUGCGGCCGUAUAAUGAUUGUAAAAAUGCGGAAGAAAUUUUGUGGAGCGUUUAUGCGGGUUUGAGACCAUCGCGUAUUCAAGACAUUCCGACUAAACUUAUGGAAAUAAUUGAACGCUGCUGGCAGAAACUGCCGAAAGAAAGGCCAUCUAUCGAGGAAAUCCGAAAAGUACUUGACAUACUUUGUCGGAUGUAUCCCAAUUCCAGUGAACCAUUAACGUCUUCUUCAAAGCAAGUGAAAGAGAUCAUUAACGAUGAGAAUGACGUUGACAGUGUGGAAUAUGAUACAACCGAAAGGGAAACAGUUAAACCUGUUCAUGAAUUAUCAUCCAACUUGGUAGAAGAGAUUGAAGCACUGAAGAAAAAGUAUGAACCGCCAUAUAAUCACAAUAAACGAGACAAACGAAUGAGUGAUUAUCCCUGGCCAUGGCUAGGAAUCUUUCCAACAUUUCUAUAA